AUGGAUCCUCAGCAGUCUCAAGGGUUGAUCGAAAAGACGAGCACGAGAUCAAGAAAUCGUAUCACAAUCAUAUAUUAUAAAUUGUUUGUAUGCGCCGUCGGUAGAUGGGUUACGUCUUUAAUUUCUACCGGCCUCUCAAUCGCUGUCCUCACACAGAACCCAGAGCAACGUCUAUUGAUUGCCGCUGCUUGUAAUAUUGCCGUGGGAGGGCUGCAUUUGUGUCUUGCUUUGGCACCGGCUGCGAAACCUCAGGGGAAAAUGAAUCCGCGGCCUCAAUCUUGGUACUAUCUACUUGUGAUCAUCUCGUCUCUGAUCAGCCUCCCCGCCAUUCUCUUGAUGUUUUUGUUCCGUGGGUUAAGAGAGAAUGGAAAUGCGGGAAAGCAAGAUGGCGACAUAGCCAGUAUGGGAAUUUCCGAGAGUGCUGCAAUCGUUUGUGGGUGUAUGGGCAUUGCCGUCCUGAUCUGGAACUUGAGCCAGUUCUACUAUAUAUAUGAGCUGGCAUUUACAGACUUCCCAGUGGGAGAACUACAGGAAGGCUACGCUCAAGUGGUACAGAAAUCGAAGCGAGAGUCAAAACAAUUCGCAACUACAAUCAUAUGA